UAAAUAUAAUUAAUGAUAUUCAAAAAGAAAAUGUAAAUUGUCAAGAAGAAUUAUUAAAUGGUGAUUCUCAAUUAACUGACGAUACAAAAAUUGAAUUAGUACCAAUUUCAAUACUCCAGCUGGAAGACAAAGAUGAAAAUAAAUUAUUUGAUUUGUAUGUUCAAUUAUAUGGAGAAGAACCAAACGUUGAAUCGUCACUUGUAUCAAUUGAGCUUGAAAAUGUUAAAAAAAAUGAGUUGAUUGAUGAUACAAAUGAAACAGAAAUAAUAUCUGUUGAGUUGACAAGUGGACAACAAGAUUUUAAUGAUAAUAAUAAAUUUAUUGUUGAAAAAAAUGAGCCAGAAAAAAAAUUAUUAACACUUGUUAAAAUUGAACAACAAGAUUUGGUAAAAGAUGAAACAAGUCCUGGUAAUUCUUCUCAUGAAUUAGAAAAUAUUGAUGAAGAAAAAAAAUCACCAGUUUUGGAAUUUUUAGAAAGAAAUGAAAUGAUUCCUCUUGAAUCUUAUCAUAAAGUAGACAAUAUUGAUGAUGAAAAAGAAUCACCAGUUUUGGAAUUUAAUCAUCAAGAUUUAAAAGAAGAUAUAUCAAUUCCUAUUGAUGUUUUUGAUCAUGAAAUAGAAAAUAUUGAUAAAGAAAAAGAAUCACCAGUUUUGGAAUUUAAACAACAAGAUUUAGAACAAAAUGAAAUGAUUCCUCUUGAAUCUUAUCAUGAAAUAGAAAAUAUUGAUAGAGAAAAAGAAACACUAGUUUUAGAAUUUAAACAGCAAGAUUUAAAAGAAGAUAGAUCAAUUUCUGGUGAUUCUCAUCAUGAUGAUGAAAAUAAAACAGAUCUAAUACCAUUUGAUUUGACAAGUGAACAAGAUUUUGAUAAUAAUAAUAAAUUUAUUGUUGAAGAAAAAGAGCCAGAUGAUACUAGCUCAAUAACAUCAAUUGAAACUUUGAAAAUCGAUGAUCUAAAAGAAAUAAUGGUUGAUCUAAAUGACAAUUAUCAGUUACCAUCACCAAUUGUUAUUCCAAAUAAAAAAGAAAAUGAUAAUUAUGUUAAACAAUUACCACUUGUUAUUCCUGAGUCAACUUACAUUGAACCUGCAUAUAAAAAAAAAUCAAGAGCUUUUUUUAGAAUUCCUCGUGAAUCAAGAGUUUCAUCAAGUGUUCCUGAGUUGUCAAGAUUAGACAAUGUGAAACGACGAGAAGUUGAUGAUGGUGCUGUUGGUUUUACUAGUUUUAGUACUCGAGACUAUGAAUCAUCAGAUGAUGAAGAAGUAGGCGGCUUACGUGAUUAUAUUAGACAUCAAUCUUGGCAAAAUCAGCAACUUGAAGAAAACAUAAGAACUAUUAACAAACAAACUCGCACGUUGAUUCAAGAUGAAGUAGAAGAUUUACAAAUGGCCAUUCAAAUGAGUGAACAAAUGUAUGAAAAAAAUAAUGUUAUUAAUAAUUACAAUCAAAACACACAAUUGAUUCAACAAAAACCAAAAAAAGAGAUAAAUGAAAAUCCUGAAAGCUCGUCAUUAAUUGAAUUAAUGAUGCUUGAAGAUGUUGAUCUCAUACAAAAUUUUGAUGAUUUUCAAUGUCCAAUAUGUCUUGAAAUUUUUGGUAAAUAUGAAGGUGUCAUUUUGCGUGAUUGUCAUCACACAUUUUGUCGUGAUUGUCUUAGAAAUACAAUUAGACACUGUGAAGAACCAACCGUCAAGUGUCCAUACACAGAGAAAUACGCUUGUGAAUUUACUCUUCGUGAUCUUGAAAUAAAAUCACUUGUUAAUGCCAUUGACUAUGAAAAGCAUAUUUUAAAAUCACUUAUUUAUGCUGAAAAUACAGCUUGUAAAAAUAAAAAUGAAAAAUCAUUUCAUUGUUUAUCACCUGAUUGCCCAGGUUGGUGUUAUUAUCAAGGAUUUGAAUUGGCUUUCAACUGUAACGUAUGUGGAAGUAGAAAUUGCUUGGUUUGUAAAGUUAUUCAUCCUUUGGACGAAGAAUGUUGGGAUCAUUUUGAUAAAGCUACAAAUGCACAAACUUCAAAAUUAACUGAAGCUCAACGUCAAUCUAUGAUUGAAAAACGAGAGAUAAUGGAGUGUUCCAAUUGUCAAGUUGCAAUUGUUAAAAAUGAAGGAUGUGAUGGUAUUAUAUGUACCAUGUGCAAGACAAUGCUGUGUUGGCCGAGGACCUAG